UUCCCUAACCCAACUCGCAGUCACAGUGGCUCGCGUAGUGGAUUGAUUGAUCGCAACCCGAGCCUGGUGGUGGCCGCCGCCCGCCGCUCCUCUCCUCUCCCUCCCUCGCCACCGCUUCCUCUCCUCCCCUCCUCUCUCUUUCUCUCUCUCUCAGCGCGGGGCAAGCUGAGAUUCCCUUCCCCGGGGUCAAUUCACAGGAGGGAGGAGGAGCUUCGCCUGGGAAGAAGGGGGCGGUGGUGCUAGGGCGGGAAGAGGAAGAAGAAGGCAGCAUCCGGCAUGUCGGGCGAGGAAGUCCGCAAUGUGUCUCGCGAGGAUAUACAGCACAUAAAGAAUCUUAUAGAGCGCUGCCUUCAGUUGUAUAUGAACCAGAAAGAAGUGAUUGAGAUCCUCUCCCUCCAGGAAAAGAUAGAGCCUAGCGUUACUGAACUUGUUUGGCAACAACUUGAGGGACAGAAUCCUGAGUUUUUCAUGGCAUACUAUAUGAGGCUAAUGCUUAAGAAUCAAAUAACGGCCUUCAAUAAGCUUCUUGAGGACCAGUUACAGAUUAUGAAUAAAGAGUUCUCUUCAGGGUUCCCUUCUAUGCCUCCUCCUAAUGGCUCUAAUUCGAACCCAUUGAAGCAAAAUUCAUGCUUUUUGCCAGAGACUACUCCCAGAUCUGCAAUGCCAGAUGGCAUAAUGCGCAAUGGAAGUUCAAGUGGUAUAAUAAAUGGCACGCCAUCUGGUGAUCAGUUAAUUUAUUCUGGUAAAGACAUGCAUGGCCUUCACAUUGGAACAGAUGCUUCAAAUACUCAGUUAGUGCAGAAUGCAACUGCUGUGAUGUUUGGUGUAGACAACGGCACAACAGUAAAGACGGAAUCUGCAUAUUCAAGCAAUGCUGAUUUUGCUUUCUGCGGGAAUACUUACCUGGAAUCAUGCCAGUCAAUUGGUGAUGCAUCUGGUGGAUCCUUUAGUAGCUCAGAGUUGAAUGGGCAACGACCGAAUGAUUCAAUUUUGGAUAUUGAGUCAUCAUCAUUUGGCUUCUUAAGCCAGAUUCCCCAAAAUUUUAUCUUUUCAGACUUGGCUGAGGACUUCAGCCAAAGUGCAGACAUAUUGGAGAAUUAUAGCAAAUCACCACUCCUCACUUCUGAAACAAAUAACUUCUCAGAUUCCGCAGGGGGAGAUCAUGCAGGUUGAGCAGCCAAGGUGCUCCGUCCAUUUGUACAUACCCUUAUGGGCAGGCUAAUCUCCAUUGAUGGAGAACUUGAGCAACUUUUGAGUUAGUUGUUUAUUUUUAUAGUUUUCUGGUCUUAUAUUGUGCUGGUUUGGAUUGGGUGAGUUGUCUACUACAUAUUGAGAGGGCAUAAUGGACUGCUCUUCCCGCAUGCUUUCUGAUAGUAUUGUAGUAGUGCCUUAUACAUUGUUGUGUUUCUGUAAGAUAAUCAUUAGACGCAGCCGUGUCCGCAUCUGCUUUUUAUUGGCUAAUGUUCUUGUUUGGCUUGUACAACGAAAUUUUGUUAUCUCAAGUGAAUGCCGAAAUCAGGGUUUAGCCUGUGAAUGUGAUAGCUAGGUAUAUGCA